AUGGGUUGCUGUGGCUGUGGAGGUUGUGGCGGCUGCGGUGGCUGUGGUGGCUGUGGCAGCUGUGGUGGCUGCAACAGCUGCACCACCUGCAGAUGCUACCGGGUGGGCUGCUGCUCUGGCUGCUGCCCCUGCUGCGCUGGCUGCUGUGGGGGCUGCUGCAGCACCCCCGUGGUCGUCUGCUGCCGCCGCACCUGCUGCAACUCCUGUGGCUGCGGCUCCUGUGGCUGCGGCUCCUGUGGCUGUGGCUGUGGCUGCGGCUGCGGGAAGGGCUGCUGCCAGCAGAAGUGCUGCUGUCAGCAAAAGUGCGGCUGCAAGAAGCAGUGCUGCUGCUAGGUAUGUCUACAAGAGCUCCCUGGGCCCCUUCCUUCCCCUGGUGAGGAAUCUGCCGUCCUGUCUGAUAUAUAUUAUCCCAGUGCAUUGUGGCAUCUUCCUAUUUGAUUCUGGUCUGUAGUUUCAGGUUUUAUAAGGCUCUGUGGGCAUCUUAUACAAUGGCAUCCGAGGACAAGGGUGAAAGUCCCUUGUUAUCCCUCGGUGGUGGCUGUAGCACUCAGCAGAGGUGCUACUUUCCCAGCCCUGUGGCCUGGCCUCUGCCCCGGGCAGGCUGUGGUAGGCGUGGGGGUGGAAGUGGGGAGCUCUUUAAUCUGGUCUUGGCUGAUCUAUCUGCCCUUGUGUGUGAGGUGGAUCUCUUUGGGCUGUCCAGGACCUUCCCACUUGAAAAGCUUCUAAAUGACCAGAAAUAGUUAAAUUCAAGGAAAUGAAUGCCUCUAAGCACCAAAGCCACCCAAAGGGAUUAUCCAAUGGGCUCUGGAUCCCCAGUAUUCUCCUCCCAUCUCCUGUUCAUGCUUCUGUCUCUGAAUGUCUUCCUUUCCUCUGAGGACCAUGCAUCCCUGACAUCUCCUUUGCUACUCUGUUUCUAUUUACUGUCAGCGAUCUUCUAAAAGUCUAAUAAACUUGCUCCAUUUUAUUUAAAA